CUGGUCAGCUCCCGGCGCCGUGAAAACCUGUGUCAGGAAAAUGGGAACACUGUGUCUAUCGAUCAGGGUGAAACAUCAGCCCACACGAGCAGGAAUGGACCAGUCCAGCGAGCGAGCAGGUUGUGGGUCCAGAGAAAUGGUUCCCCCCUUUGUAAUGCCUUUUUCCCCCCUCAGGCGUUCGGCCAGGCCUACAGCAACCAGCGCAAGGUGGCCGAGGAUGGGGAGAGCAACGAGGAGACGCUGCUGCGGGAGUCGGCCUCCAAAGAGGCCUACUACGUGGGCCGCCUGCUGGAGCUGCAGACGGAGGUGACGCUGAGCCGGUCGGUGGCGUCCAACGCCCAGGCGGAGAACGAGAGGCUGACCGCACUGGUCCAGGACCUGCGGGAGAGCAACGAGAUACUGGAGCAGCAGCGCGGUCGGAUGAGAGAGGAGAUCAAGGAGUGCAAGUUCAGAGAGACCCGGCUCCUUCAGGAUUACACGGAGCUGGAGGAGGAGAACAUCACGCUGCAGAAGCUGGUGUCCACUCUCAAGCAGAGCCAGGUGGAGUACGAAGGGCUGAAGCACGAGAUCAAGGUGCUGGAGGAGGAGACCGUCCUCCUCAACAGCCAGCUGGAGGACGCGCUGCGCCUGAAGGAGAUCUCCGAGGGCCAGCUGGAGGAGGCCCUGGACGCGCUCAAGAGCGAGCGCGAGCACAAGAACAACCUGCGGAAGGAGCUGGCCCACCACAUCAGCCUGAGCGACAGCGUCUACGGGGCCGGGGCCCACCUGGCCCUCACCGUCACCGGGGUGGAGGGCCUGAAGUUCCCCGAGGACAUGGCGGCCGCCGCCGUUGGGGCCGUUGGGGCCGGGGCGGCGCCGGUCGCCAACGGCAACCCGGAGGACAGCAACCGCUGCAACGGCCACCACCACCACGCCGGCCCGGGGCUGGCCAAGAUCAACGGGGACUACCGCGCCAACCGGAAGGGGGAAGGCCUCGUGCCCGACCUGUUCAGCGAGCUCAGUCUGUCCGAGAUGCAGAAGCUCAAGCAGCAGCUGCUGCAGGUGGAAUGCGAGAAGGCGGCGCUGCUCAUGAACCUGCAGGAGUCCCAGACCCAGCUCCAGCACGCGCAGGGCGCCCUGUCGGAGCAGAGCGAGCGCGUGCGGCGCCUCACCGAGCGCGUCAACGCCGUCCAGCACCUGAACGGGGACAAGGAGCUGGACGACCCGCAGGAGAGCGAGAAGGCCGACGGGAGCCCCUCGGCUGACGAGCGCCCGGACCCGGACAUCCACGGCUUCCAGGUGCUGGAGUGCAAGUACAAGGUGGCGGUGACCGAGGUCAUCGACCUGAAGGCGGAGCUCAAGGCCCUCAAGGAGAAGUUCAACCAGGCCGUGGAGGGCCAGAUUUCCCACUUGGAGCGGGGCUUCCGGGACAGCCGGGAGAGGGCGGCGGGCCUGGAGGCGGAGCUCCGGGCGGCGGCGCUCACGGCCACGGAGAGCCAGGGCAUGCUGAACGCGGCGCAGGACGAGCUGGUCACCUUCAGCGAGGAGCUGGCGCAGCUCUACCACCACGUCUGCCUGUGCAACAACGAGACGCCCAACCGGGUCAUGCUGGACUACUACCGGCAGGGCCGGGGCCGCCUCAAGGGCCCCGAGGACCCCCGGGCCCUGCUCUCCCCGCGCCUGGCCCGCCGCCUGGCCGCCGCCGCCGCCUGCCCCCCCGACCCCCCGGGCGAGGCGGCGCCCAGCCCGGCGGACUCCCCCUCACACCACGGCAGCCCCGGACGCAACCACCCCGGCUCCCCGGGGGUCAGCGUCUCGCCCUGCCCCUCGCCGGGGCCCCCGGACGCGGGCGGGGACCUCCGGAAGGAGCCCAUGAACAUCUACAACCUCAACGCCAUCAUCAGAGACCAGAUCAAACACCUGCAGCGGGCGGUGGACCGCUCGCUGCAGCUGUCCAGGCAGAGGGCGGCGGCCAGGGAGCUGGCGCCCAUGCUGGACAAGGACAAGGAGUCCUGCAUGGAGGAGCUGCUCAAGCUCAAGUCCCUGCUCAGCACCAAGAGGGAGCAGAUCGCCACGCUCCGGCUGGUGCUCAAGGCCAACAAACAGACGGCGGAAAACGCCCUGGCCAACCUGAAGAGCAAGUACGAGAACGAGAAGGCCAUGGUGAGGGAAACCAUGAUGAAGCUGAGGAACGAGCUGAAAGCUCUGAAGGAGGACGCCGCCACCUUCUCCUCCCUCAGGGCAUGGUUCGCCACCAGGUGCGACGAGUACGUCAUCCAGCUGGACGAGAUGCAGAGGCAGCUGGCGGCCGCAGAGGACGAGAAGAAGACUCUCAACUCCCUCCUCCGGAUGGCCAUCCAGCAGAAGCUGGCCCUGACCCAGCGGCUGGAGGAUCUGGAGUUCGACCACGAGCAGACACACCGAGGCCGCGGCGCCAAAGUGCCCAAGAUCAAAAGCAGUCCGCCAAAAGUAAGAGAUACCCUCACGUUCCCCGAACACCAUUAAGAAAUAGGAAAAAAAAUUAGCUUUAUUAGGAAUGGAGAAAGGAGGGAGGGGCCUGGUUCAUAUAGACUCUUUCCCAAAGGUCAUCAAAGAGUGCAUGUUAUAAAGACAGGGGGGGAGGAUGGAGAUUGUGUGAAAUAAGAUGGGGGGGGGGGGGGGGUUUCUUUGGUUUGAACAUGCAGCAGCACCCAGGAAGGAGGAGCUGCUGACACAAAUCUGUCCCCAAAGCAUCAACACGACAGCACCAAACACCCGUCCUCAGGAGUCAGGCUGAUUGGAUUUGACAACAAACACCGAUUCAAAACCAGGAGAAAAUUCCCCAUGUUUGACGUGUUUCCUUGAGAGAAAUCUAUUGAUGCUAACAUCGCUUCAGUUUUAGGGGCUCACAGCACAUCCCUGAAGAAUAUUAAAUAAUAUAACAUCUUAGAUUUGACUCAUUUAAGUGUCACAGAAAAACAUUCCUGACUUUAUUAUGUAAUCAAUCUGAGAAAAAAGAAAGCAUUUUAAAAACUAAAGUGUAUGACAUGUUUAAUCUGGUUCUUAAAGCAGUGUGAAAACUACUCAAACCUCACUGGGACUUUUUCUUAUAAUAAAUGAAAAACAAUCCACUCCCACAUGGAUGAAAAACACAUUUAAACGAGACUUUGAAAACAAUACUUUUUUUGACCGUACGAUCCCAGUUCUCACCACUAGAUGGCGACAUUUGAAUGCAUUUUUGCAUCUUCCCUUCAAACUGAAGGUUUUACUUUUUAUCUACUUUUUUUUAUUAACUAUACCUCAACGUUGACAACAGUCUGAUGGUCUUUUUAUAUUUACUUGAAGAUUUCCGUGUUUUUUUAUUUGACUUUACUCUUUUAUUUGUAUGUGGGUUGUCUAGUGUUGGUUCAGAUGUGUCUGUGUCUUUGUC